GUACUUAGUACGAGGAGAUAGAAGAGAAGAGAUAGCGUAGUAGAGGUUAGACAGAUUAUAGAUAGAUAAAACUCAUAACAACUCGAGGCGGCGUCUGGGAAAGAAGUUAUCAUGAAAUCUGUGGCUUCUCCGUCGAGCCAACUAUGGGUUAUAUUAGGUUUGGGUUUAGCCGGAAUUUACGUUCUCACCAGAAAACUCACACAAGCUGUCAAAGAAGAUUUCGGCGCUUUUAUCCAAAAGCUUAAGUUACUUCCUCCUCCGCCUCCCGCUCCUCCCAAAGCUCCCCACCAUCUCACCUCCCUCAAUUUCGCCAUUUCCGAUAUUUUUGAUGUAGAGGGACGUGUAUCGACGUUUGGGCAUCCGGAAUGGGAAAAGACACAUGAGCCUGCUUCUUCUACGUCUCCUGUUGUUUCUGCUCUUGUUGAAUCUGGUGCUACUUGUAUUGGAACUACCGUUGUUGAUGAAUUCGCUUAUGGUAUUAGUGGCGAAAAUAAGCAUUUUGGAACACCUACAAAUCCUGCUGUUCCUAAUCGGGUACCGGGCGGUUCAUCUAGUGGUGCUGCCGUAGCUGUUGCUGCUAAUUUUGUUGAUUUCUCUCUGGGCGUUGAUACUUCUGGAGGUGUGAGAGUACCUGCUGGAUUCUGUGGGAUACUUGGAUUUCGACCUUCACAUGGUGCUGUUUCUCAUAUGGGAAUCAUACCCGUUUCAUCAAGUCUGGACACUGUUGGUUGGUUUGCGAAGGAUCCUGAUAUAUUGCGUCGAGUUGGGCAUAUACUUUUGCAAGCACCAUUUGUAAUGCAACGCAAUCCCAGGCAAAUAAUUAUAGCCGAUGACUGUUUUCAACACCUAAAUGUUCCUCUUGACAGGACUUCUCAAGUGGUGAUCAAAGCUACUGAGAAGCUUUUUGGAAAGCAAGUAUUGAAGCAUAUUAAUCUUGAAGACUAUAUAAGUUCUAAAGUUCCCAGCUUGAAGGCUUGUUCCAUCCAAAAAUCAAAUGGCGUACUAAAAUCUUCUUCAUUAAAAUUGCUCGCCAAUAUUAUGCAAUUUCUACAAAGACAUGAAUUUGAUCAUACACAUAAUGAGUGGAUGAGCAUAGUAAAACCUGAUCUUCAUCCAGCUGUUUCAGCACAAUUGCAUGAAAAAUAUGAGGUGUCUGAAGUAGAGAUUGAAAAUUCUAAAUCUGUUAGAAGUGAGUUGCGUGUUGCUGUAAACUCACUUUUGAAGGACGAAGGAGUUUUGGUGAUCCCUACUGUAGCUGAUCCUCCUCCAAAAUUAGGUGGAAAGGAGAUCCUAUCCCAGGAUUAUCAGAGCCGUGCAUUGAGCCUGCUAAGUAUUGCUAGCAUAUCAGGUUGCUGUCAGGUCACAAUACCGUUGGGAUUUUAUGACAAGAAUCCUGUUUCAGUAUCCUUGAUAGCGCGGCAUGGUGGUGAUCGCUUUUUGCUUGACACACUAAAGACCAUGUAUACAGUUCUCCAAGAGCAGGUUGAUAUUGCUGCCCCAAGUAAAUCAUCAAAAAGUGUUGUCAGCAAGGAACAAUCCGCUGAGAUUGCAAAAGAAAAGGGAAAUCAAGCCUACAAAGAUAAGCAGUGGCAGAAAGCCGUUGGAUUCUAUACUGAAGCUAUCAAACUUUGUGGCAGUAACGCAACAUACUACAGUAACAGGGCUCAAGCAUUUCUAGAACUGGGCAGUUAUCUUCAAGCUGAGGAAGAUUGUACAAAAGCAAUAAGUUUUGAUAAAAAGAAUGUGAAGGCCUACUUUCGCAGAGGCACAGCUAGAGAGAUGCUAGGCUACUACAAAGAAGCAAUUGAUGAUUUUAAAUAUGCCCUUGUACUUGAGCCAACCAACAAAAGGGCUGCUUCUGCUGCUGAAAGGUUGAGGAAACUAUUUCAGUAGAUAAAUAAUUGGGAAUACAAGAUUUGAGAGCUAAACAAUUGGUCUUCUUUGGGUGCUACCGCUGAUACAUGCUGCUGUUAUUUGUGCCCUGAGAUGAUUGAUGAGUUUCUAGUUACAAUAAUCAUACACGAGCGAUUUGACUUGUGGUUUCUACAAAGAUGAUAUUGAUUCUUUUAUCAUUCGAGGCUCGGUAGUUCAUACCUGAAAACCAGAUUGAAUCACAAUUUUGUUCGAGGUAAAUAUAUUAGAAUUGUAAUAUCAGUCAAGUGAGGUGAAUGGUCUUGGUAAUAGCUCAGGAUUCAGCUGUGCAUUUAUUCUUAAAAAUACAUUGUACUAGUACUUCUUCACUGGAUUUUAAUCUUUGCUCAAGUACUUUUAUUUGUUA